UCGCCUGUUCGCGAUGCCGACAGUGGCUCACAUUCACAGCCGUCGUGCGGAUUGUUCGCCCGCGAGACGAGUUCGUCGACGAUAAUAAACAGUAGUCGCAAAGAAGAGGAAGAAGAAGAACGCGGAGAACCGACCAUUUCUCGACGGGAAAGAGGAAAGAAAAAAAAAAAAGACAAAAUCAAGGGAACGCUAUUUAUAACCCGAGUCUCGGCUCCGAAGGAGAAGGAAGAGGAGAACGGCUCCGAAACGACGUGAGGUAAAUGAGAGUUCAAGGUCAGCCGGUGGUGGUGCGUCGGAAAUCCGAGAGCUCGUUCACGCGGCCAAAAAACUCAUCCGGAGAGGAAGGUGGACCGUUCUCGCCGCUAGUUGUAAGUCGGAAAUAUCAUUGGGGAAACGCGCGCACAUUGCUACUCGGCGCAAAAAAAGCCGGCCGAACGGGAGGGACAGCAAAGAAGUAAAUCCGCGCGCGGGAGAGAAAGAAAGAAUAAAGUAUUUAUUUACUACACGUUUUCCCACGAUCGACACACAGAAUUUUCGACGGUACACAAUAGUUUAAAAAAGAGAGAAAUCUCGUGGAAUACGCGAGAACUCGUCGCUGUGUGUGCCGCGCAUUGGACUGUCAUACUAUUUCGGGACCGUGAUCCAAAGUGCGCGCGCGCGCGAGCGCGUGCGGGAAUAAAGUAAAUAUACACGCUCGUACGAAGGAGAGCGAGCGCGCGCGACUGUGUUGUGUGUGUGUGUGUGCUCCUUCUGUGAUUUACUCGCGUGUGCACGGACCAAGUGUUGUUUUUGGAGUUGACACAGUGCGUAUUUGGUGUUUUGUCGGCAGAAACGGAAGGACAAACAGGAGAAAAACGACGAUCACGAAGAAGAAGAGGACAAUUUCGCGAACGCGACAUCCGCGCGCGCGCGCCGUUUUCGUCGAUCGCGUGCGUACGUGCGCGUGGCCCGGUCAAACCGCCCUCCUGCGUCUCGUCUCACCUUUUGUUUUUCUACGGCGGCUACGAAAAGGACUGGCCACCAAAUGCGCGUACCGCAAAUCUUGUUUCAUGUUCAUGUUCUGGAGCAAACGGACGGUGCUCACUAGACGUCUGCUGAAGGCCAAGGUCCGUGGGGAGCAUGAAACCGAGUGUGAAGCUCAAGAGGAUUCACCGUCAAGUACGUAUCAUCGCAGCGGCGUCUACGACUACAAUACGGGUAACAGUAAUAACAACAACAAUAACAACAACAACAACAACAACGUGACAGCGACGACGGGCCGUCAAGUGAACAGAGGAACGACUCGUGGAACAUCGUUCUUGAGAAGCAACACGGGAGAAGGAAGAGGAGGAUCAGUGAUCGGAUACGGGGGUCGCACCACAACGUCCAGUAGGCUUCAUCAGGGCUGCUGCGGCGGCGGCGACGCCAGUCAGGAUGAUGAUGAUCGACACCCGCAGCAGUCUUUUCAAGAUCCCAGUCGUUUGUUGAGGUGCAAGGAACUUCUCAAGACGCUGAAAGAGAAUCAACUGGAGAUGUUGCUGAACGCGAUCGAGAGCUACGGCGCGGACCUGAGCUCGUGCGUCUUGGUACCGCGUCAGCAGCAACCGGUUGUCGAGGAACAUCCAUACGAUCAUCCACAGCAGCAGCAGCAGCAACAGCAAUACAGCGGCAGACCGCAUCGUCAUCAUCAUCCUCGUCACUCGCUUCAUCAUCAUCAUCAUCAUCAUCAUCAUCACCAUCAUCAUCAUCAUCGCUACCGUCAUUAUCGGCACCACCGCUCGAGACAUCACCGCUCGUCCUCGGUCGAGGACGAUCAAGAGAGCUGCUGCUCUGCGUCCGAGGACUCGUCGUCGCCUCUGAGAUCGUCGGACAGACGCUGCGGCGGCGGCGGCGGCAGCGGCGGCGGCGGCGCCGGUAAAGCGGGAAACGGUGGCGGCAUCGCUGCGCCAGUGAGAGGAUCGACCGAGAGAAGUAACGGCGCGCCGUGCGACCCGCACCUGCUCUGCUGCCAGAUCUGGCGGUGGCCGGAUCUCGAGCACUCCUCGGAACUCAAGAGACUACCCGUAUGUCAUUCCGCUAAAGAUCCCGUAUACAUAUGCUGCAACCCUUACCACUGGAGUCGGCUCUGCAAACCCGAGUCGCCACCACCCCCGUAUUGCCUUAUCGCCGACAGACUGAGACCCGAAGAUUGCGCGCCCAGCGAGGGGGAUCAACGUCGGUGCAAAAACAGCACGCCCCUGCCACUUCCCGGCUCGCUUACCACCAACGGAGAAGGUGAAACAGGACAGAGGGAAUGGUGCACUCUGGCGUACUGGGAACUGGGCGGUCGAGUGGGUCGUUUGUAUCCCGUGGAGCCGUCGACGGUGAACGUUUUCGACUCUCUCCACGAUGGCGACGGCCUUUGCCUGGCGACUUUGGCCGAGAAUCACAAUGCACCGCCUUCGGUUCAGCGUACGCGUAGCAAAAUCGGUCUCGGACUCACGCUCAGUCAGGAAUUGGACGGUGUAUGGGCGUACAACCGGUCGGAAAGCCCAAUAUUCGUGAACUCGCCCACAUUGAACGACCCGGACUCGAAGACGUUGCUGGUCUACCGGGUGCCGCCGGGCUUCUGCCUGAACAUCUUCGAUCGCGCCAAGAUCCUGCAGCUUCCAUACAACGGCGGCGGCGGUAGCGGCAGCGGCGGCGGUCAGGCCGCCGGUUUUCCCGCUUCCGGCCCCGUCGACAUUAACUCCGUCCGCAUCAGCUUCGCCAAAGGCUGGGGACCCAAGUACUCGCGGCAGGAAGUCACCUCCUGCCCGUGCUGGCUCGAGGUGCUCCUGGCACCGUGCAGGUGAUCAUCCCGCGAGCUGGCCAUUCCAAAGGGUAUCAUCGAGUCUCGUCCUCAACUUGCGUCUCUUCCUGCUCCUCCUCCUCCUCAUCGUCGUCGUUGUUGUUCUUGGGGAGGAUCGGUGAUAAUGAUGCGGCGACCGUGGCCUUUAGCUCCGUCCUAUAGCGAGAGCUGUGUUAUUUAAAAAAAAAACAAAAUAAAUAUAUAUAAAAUAUAAAAAAAAAACCCGCGUGCCGGAAACGAUUACCGGCGAUGCGUGCCCAAGGGGAGGGGUGAGAUCGCCCCAAAAACCCCAACAGUCUUACCAAAGUACACGCUGUAAAAAAAUAAUACGUCUGUGUAGGAACAACGUCGCGUUGUUUUGUUUUGUCGGUAAAACGGAGAUAUUUAGAGAGAAAACAAACGCGGAGCUCGCGCUUGUGAGCGUGUUUCAUCGAACGAACGGAGUGACUCAGAUAUCGACGAGUGGUACUUUCGGUAAUCUUGACAUAAAAAAAAAGUUUGAAUUUUAUAUUUUAGUUUUUUUUCAUGUUUCUUGUCUUAUCGUCUGAAUCGUUGAUGCUACUGAGUAGUAGCUACUCUCGGGCGUUUGUAUAGAAAUUUAUGACAAGAGGAAGCGCAAAGAAUUGGGCUUCCGAUAGGUCUAGUCACUUGUGUUUUAUAGUCUACGCGCGUCGGAUUGCGUGAAAUUCUUCUACAAGAAAGACAAGGAAAAUUUUAGAGUUUUACGAGAAGAUAAGACACGAAGCAAUUAAAUGAUUCUGGUUCUCGUGUUGUUUGCACUUUUUGCAAUUUCAAAAUAAGACAUUUGUAUAUUUCGGCGAGAAAAAAGAAAACAAGCAACACGAACCAGACAAGCGAUCACGUAACAAAACCUAUGUAUAUGUUGCAUAAUGCAACGAUUAUGAUUAUUUGUAGAGAGAA